AUGGACAUGGCCUCUGCACCGGCGAACAUUCAAGCCAAUACCCAUCUAGUUCGUAUGUAUGCAAGUAGCGCCACAUUUAAUAAAUCUUUGUUUCUGUCUGACCAAAGAGGGCAGGCCUGGCGCAGUGGUGAAGUCCUCCCCACUUGUGCCAAGAGGUCCUGGGUUCGAACCAGCCUCUCUGCAUUGCACUUUGCAGGGGUAAGACUAGGUUCCUAUAAUCCCUCCCCAGACCCCACCUUGUGUGGGAGCUUCUAUGCACUGGGUCUGUCCUUUUUCUGUCUGACCAAAUCCUUUGGUUUGUAUUGA